ACCGGAAGACAAAGCCGCAUGACACAACUUGUGAAUGGCUUUAAACAUGUGCAAAGAAGCUGUUUGUUUGUUAAAUCAGUCCCAAACAUUUGGAAGUGUUUCCCAACGCGAGGGAGAUUUAUUUAGGCCGUAAGUGUUUUAGAUAGAAUGUCUCUGGAAGGACUAUAAGUCACACUAUUAUCGUGUCGUUUGAAUGUGCAUUCCUCUCGUUCACAAGCAGGAGUGAUCACAGCUGAUGAGAAAGUUUCAAGCCAGGCAGAAGCUGAUUGGUCUAUGAUUGCAAAGCGGUUGCACAGAAGCGGCUAAAUUUGAGAAAGGUGGAGUGCGAGUAAAGUUUGGAAGCAGAAGAGAUCUGAUGAAGCGAACGGCGCUCAGCAACACCACCGUCAAUUGGUCCCGGACUCAGAAGUCCAAGUGACGCGGCCACGGCGCCAAUCCGCGAGUGGGAUACUGACACCUGACGGUUUGGUCUCCCCAGUCGCUGGUCUCCGCACGACCACCGUAUUCGGCUCUGCAGUGCAGGGGCUGCAGCGUUGUAUGGAAGCAGAGCGCGCGCGCCCUACUUUGGACAUGCUGCCCCCGAAGACCUGCCUGCCCAGGAACUACAGCUGUAUCGCCGGACUCUUCGGCAGCCUGGCCGCGGCGAACCCUCGUCUGGACGAUGGGGACGAUUUGGACAUCAUGAACGGCACCUGCGAGCCCGCCGAGAGCCCCGUCGUGGACGAGCGGCCGCGGGGCAGGGAGACCUUCCUCAAGCCUCCGCAGAGUCCCAGCCUGCGCCGGAGAUGCAAGUCCCUUCCCACUCCCACGGAGAGGGCCAAGUUGGAAAUCUCCCGCAAGAGAAGUCCAACAAGUCAGAAAAAGGUGCGCUUCGCGGACUCCCUGGGUCUGGAGCUCAUCUCCGUGAAGCAUUUCGACGAUUCGGAUGAGCCGGAGGUCCCGGAGCGCAUUUUGGCAAAGUUGCCCAAAUCCACGGACUUAAAUCACAUGGCCAGUACGAAAUUCCCCCGACCCCUCACUCAGUCCGUGUUCAUGGAGCUGCAGUUCACCACUCCGGGCACUCUGCCCGGUUUCGAGCAGAAAGUGCGGGAGGUGAAAGUGCUGCUGGAGAGCGUGGAGACAGACGACUUCAGCCUGUCCGGCUUCGUGCGCGUCUUGAACCUGGCCUUCGAGAAGAGCGUCUCCUUGCGCUACUCCCUCAACAAUUGGAUCACCUUCAUGGACAGUUUGGCGUCUUAUGUGCCCCACUCGAGCGACGGUGCCACCGAUCGGUUCUCCUUCAAGGUGGUCAUGCCCACUUACAUGGAGAAUGGGGGUACGCUGCAGUUCGCUAUAAAAUACACGGUCGACGGCGAGGACUUUUGGGAUAAUAACAACGGCAAAAACUACAAAGUCCGACGUCACCGGUUCAAGAUGUCUCCGCCAAAGGAAUGGGAGAACGGAUGGAUUCACUUUAUAUAAGCUCAGUCGGUCAUACUGGGUGCGUUAAUUGAGCGUACAGUCACCCCCCGGGUAGCUUUUAAAAUGACUAACGUGUAUAAAUGGGCGUUUAGUUCUGCCGUAAUUAGCGUAAGUGUCGUGUGACGGAAAUGGACACUAUCAAAUACUGUCGGAGUGAGCAUUUGAGGUGCCCGGUGAGGGGUAAUUUGCCUUGAUGUCAGGGCUCUGUACAGCUCGGUGCCCUUUGGGAGGGCACGUCCACAUUAUGUAACUUGGAAACACGUGACGGCGGGGAAAAACGUGCCGGGCCAUUCCGACCUCGGGCAUCAUUGCUCUUUGCAGGAGGUGCCGCAACGUUAAUUGCUAUGGUGAGCUGUCGUUUAUUAUUUUAUUUGCACGGGUGAAACAGUAUGGCAGGCUGAACCACAAUGUGAUGUCGCUGCCUUGAAAGUGUAGCUUGAAUUGGGGUUAAUGGGGGUUGAUGUAAUUCACAGUAUCUUCCAAAGUUAAAAUCGAGUGUAGCUCAUUCAUCGAUUACGUGAUGCCGUUAAAUGCCUUUUGUAACGCAUUGUAUGAGAAGCAGAGCAGUGGUAGUUUUCAUUUUGCUCACUAAUCAUAUAUUUUCAGAGAUUGCAGUUGUCGCAGGACAGCUACUUUCCCCCAAAAAUCUUAAUUGGUCGUUACAUUGUGUGCAUACAGACAAUAGAAUCCAUCUAAAAACACCGGGAAUAAAUUUCCUCUCAACGCUUUCCCUUUUCAAAAAUUCCAGUCUUUUAAAUGUUGCUGAAGAGAUUCUGUUUAUUUUUAUUUUAUUCCAAGCUAAUUUUCACCGGUGAUGUUCAUUGUAGUACUUUGUAAGGACGAAAGCAAGUAUAAAGCAUCACUGUCUACUUUGUCUACUGUCACUAUUGAAGUGACAUGCUCUCCAAUAUUGUCUGUACUGGCGUCACCAUUUUUAUCAGGGAUAAUGGAACUUUUCAGCUCACCUUCCAAAUUAGCAAUAUGGCUCCCCUGUUUGACUCAAUCUUAUUAAAAUAUAUCAGACAGACAAAAUGCUGACAUGCACACAACCCUGUGACUAAAAGCAUUUUUAUUUCAACAAAGGCUGAGUAAUUGGCUAUUUUCCAAGAAAUUGUCCGAUUGAUUGCUGAUCAAUAAUAAUGGCUCGCAGCAUUUUAACUCUGGAUGACCCAAUAAAAAUUGACUUGUGACCAAAAUUGUUUUGUCCCAACGAGAAGUGUGGCUCACCCUGAUUUUUAAAAUAUUUUUUAAAAUCAAAUAAGCUUUGUAUUCACUGUCAUUAGUUGUCUUCCAAAUCGAACUUGUUUUGGUGUUGCUCAUAUUUGAUCUGUGUUUGUCUGUGAAGCUAUAAUAGUAGUCGAUGCAAGUGAGAGCACUUCCGAUUUCUCUCUGGCUGCAAUAUGAACAUUGCUUUGUUUACAUUACAGUAGUCUCAGAAGGGAGCUCUGAAUUUAAUGAUGCAAUCCGGCUGAUGUGCACAUUAAAAAAGUUUUCCAGUAAGCACUUAGCUUUUGAAGUACUUCCACUGUGACACACCCACUCAGUAUCGGAAACCAACAAACAAAAAAAAUUCACUGUUCACGACAGGGCUGCUAAAAUGAGCUGAGCUGUCUUGAGUCGACAUUUGCCGAUAUGUAGCGUACAAGCUCAGCUGCUGGUUAUUUAGUUUGACCACUGUAUUUGGACAUUGUUUGUAACGUACUUUAUUUAGUUGUCCAAAUGAAUUGGAAAAAACAAUUACUACUGUUUAUAUUGGAUUCAAAUUGGUGAUACUGCUCGCCAGCUGUUAUUGGUGCAUCUCUCCUCAAUGAAGGGCUGUUGGUCAGCUUCAGAAUUUCAUUUAACUGUUUAUGUAAGGCUUCUCAUCAGAGCUCACUGAUAGUGAUAGAUCUAUUUAGAAAUGUACUGUAUCGUUAAUGUCUCAUUGAAUGUCUUCAUAUUACUGUUAAUGUGUGUACAACACAUUACAAAAGCAGAUUCAGUUUUGCCCGGUGAUGUUCUAACCCAAAACACAACUUGAAAGCACACAAGCUGAUCUCGAAAUAAUUAAAAGGAAAACGUAUUCGGGAAAAUGAAAUUGACAUUGUAAUUAACCUGAGUUGGAUCGUUUGCACCAUUUGCAAGUGUACACCACCUUACAGUUGCCAGAUUUGACGAUAUGAAAGAGGUGGGAACUUUGUAAGUGCUUGUUUGUGAAGAAAGUGUGAUUGUCGAUGGUUGGAAACGUGUCCGGUGAGGAGCGCCAAAAGCACUUUGGUCAAUGGCGAUGAUUAUGAACGACUUAUGAUUGUAGCUGGUUCUGGGCGAGUUCACUCGGUGCUGCGUUAUUGCACUUUGAGGGAGGACAUGGAAAGAGACGGGGUUUGACAGUGGGGAAAUAGCUUUUCUUGUGAAAAUACGUUUUGCAAUAUGGUCUCCUUCCUAAUUCAUUGCCGUGUUCUCUCCUUGAGUAAAUGCCUUGACAUGGUUUUGGGUCAAAUAUGGAACUUUGUAUGCCAGUGAUUAGUUUCCAUUUUAAUGUUCUGUCAUUUACUAUGUCUUAACCUGUACCGUCUCCUCUGAAUGUUAAUCAUGUUCGCGUGCAUGCACAACUAAAAAAACAAAAUAAGCCUUUAUUUUUCUGUUAGUUUAACCAUAGGACCACUAUUUUAUUAAAUAAAUGCUUAAUAAACUGUUGAAACAAA